AUGGAUAAAGUAGUGCAGACAGUUAAUUUUAUACGUGCAAGAGGACUGAAUCACAGACAGUUCCAGGCUUUUCUGUCUGAUGUCGGUUCAGAUCACGAAGACAUCGUGUACUUCAGUAGCGUUCGCUGGCUCAGUAGAGCAUCCACACUUAAACGAUUCUAUUCGUUGCUCGACGAAGUAAAGAUUUUUCUUGAAAACAAAGGUCAAGAAAUUGAUUUCCUAACUGAUGAGCAGUGGUUGGCUAAUCUGGCCUUCCUGGUUGACAUUACUAAGUACCUCUCUGAUCUUAACUUAAAACUGCAAGGAAAAGAUCAAUUAUGCACGCAGUUAUAUGAACACAUUCAAGCUUUCACAAAGAAGCUCAUAUUGUUAGAAAAACAACUGGAACAAAAACAGUUGGUUCAUUGGGAGACUCUAUCUGCCAGAAAUCAAGAAAUGUUGGACUUAGCCAAGUACGUGUCAUUGUUGCAAAGAUUGAGGAAUGAGUUUGAAGAGAGAUUCGUAGACUUCAAAUUACAAAUUCCUAACAUGAAAGUGUUCCAAAAUCCGUUUGAAAUUGAAAUUGAUGGUGCUGUGCUGAACUUACAGAUGGAAUUGAUUGAACUGCAAAGUGACUCUCUUCUAAAAACGGCAUAUCAAAGUUGCCUUCCGAACGGAUUAAUUGAGUUUUAUAAAAAAUAUAUUAAUCGGAACCAAUACCCAAACCUUACCAAAUUAGCUCUUCAACAAAUAUCUUUAUUUGGUAGUACAUAUAUUUGCGAGCAGCUUUUUUCUCGCAUGAAAUAUAAUAAAUCGAAAACGAGAUCAUCUUUAUCAGACAAUCAUCUGACAGGCAUUCUGCGCAUAGCUACUUCUAAAAUACCAGCUGACAUAGAUACACUGUGCAAACAGAAAAAAUGUCAAACAUCUCAUUAUUAA